AAAGGAUCGAACGGGACUUCGCACCUUCACACCACAGAAAGCAGACAGCAGCGCGAGCAAGUCGAAGUCGUGCAGGCAGACAAAACAGAGCAACGGUGGUUAGGAAACGAAAACAAUGAAGUCGAUGUGCGAUUUUUUCGAAAGUUAGAGAAUAAUCAGAGUCGCAUAUUUGGCGAUAGUGUGCUUCAAGUGUUGCAUUACAGGAAAAGCAUUGUGAAAAAUACAUUUGUUUUCGUGUGAACAAUCGGGAAAUGAUGUAGAAUCGGUUCUCUGUCGGAAGGAGCCUAAGAAUAUUCUGCAACAGGAGUAACUGGAGCGGGACAGAAGGAAUAUAUUUAGGACUUGACAACAUUCGAAUGGGUUUCCCCGACACUUUCUACGGUGAUUUUUUUACGAUAUGAAAAAGGAGCGUUUGAAAGUGAAGCUACUAAAGGCUGGAUAACAUUUUUGCGUAUAGAACAGUCGUGAUGGUGAUUUUAGUUGUGCGGAAGUUAUAAUACCACUUUUCAAUCCAAGAUUAGCCAAACUAUCGGAGCGUGUCGAGCAGUGGCAUAAAUCCGUAUUUCACCAACGAUUACUGCUGGUUCGAUUUACUGGUUUCAGUUCGGAGCAAGGAAGGAGUGAUCGCAACGCAAAGAAAGAAACGAAAGAAAAAAAAAAUAACGGAGCAUCAAUAAAUAAAAGCGAUUGUGGAGGAAUUUUGCAGAAGGAAGUAAUCAUCGAGUACAGAGAAGCAACGACGCAAGCCAAUACCUAGAGUCUAGCCAAACAUGAAAGCUAUCGAGGCAAAAAUUGUCGUUUUGGGUUCUCAAGGUGUCGGCAAGACGAGCUUGGUGGUGAGAUAUGUUUCAAACGUGUACACAAAAGAAAUUUCACCGACGAUAGGUGCGUCAUUCUUCACAUGCAAAGUCAAUCUAGAAGAUUUCAAAGUCAAAAUGCAGGUAUGGGAUACAGCAGGGCAGGAACGAUUCAAAGCGAUGGCGCCUCUAUACUAUAGGAAUGCAAAUGCAGCACUGUUGGUAUUCGACCUAACGCAGUAUAAUUCGUUUGUCGAAAUCAAAUCGUGGGUCCAAGAGCUUCAGCGAAAUGUGCAGGAACCGAUGGUACUCUCGCUAGUUGGCAACAAGCUCGACCUGGAAGAGAAACGGGCAGUUUCCCGGGAAGAAGCGGCGCUUUAUGCUACCUCGAUCGGUGGUAACUAUUUCGAAACUUCUGCCUUGCAAGACCAGGGAAUCGAGCAGGUGUUCAUUUCUAUUGCAGUAGGGUUAAUCAAACUAUCUGGUGAACAAAUUUGUCCUUCACUGAAACGGUAUGAAUCAUCUGAUUCGUUGGUGCUCUCCGGAUAUUCCAGUGGCAUGAAUGGCGUUGUUCAGAUGGGCAUUCCCGUAGAAUGUGAUAAUGUGCUAACAGACGGUACAGGUCGCUUGGAAACACCUUCGUGGAGCAGAGAACAUAUAGCGCAUGCAGACGAGCAACGUGCCGGUUGGUGUUGUUACUAAGUAAGGUUGGUUUUUACUGAACCGAUCACUUGACAAGACAGAGAGAUGACAGGAAACUAGAUUUUCCCUUGUGAUAACUGAGCUAUCUCCUGAACACAUACACUGAUUAUCGAGAAACCCAUCCUCUAUUAUGUAAGAUCGCAUAUAUUGUUGUACAUAACGCAUGAAAGGAGACAAACUUGCACAUAAGAAUAGCAAUUUAGCGCACUAGGAGCAUAAGCCAAAAGAUAGAGAGUUAUGUCGUUUAUUUCGGACGUAAGAAAUAAUUAAGGCUUUGUUUGUUGUAUUUCUUUAUACUUAAAGCGCACCUCAUGACAAAAGCUGAUCUCUCGGAAAGCAAUCAAAAGAUUAUGUACUUUUACGUAAACCGAUUUCGUAGACCAGUUGAAAAUCAACUCAUAUCACCGCAUCGAGUACUCGUUCAUAUAUUUAUAUUCAUAUAUUGUCAGGAGGAUCAAUUGCGAGCCAUAGCUAACAAUAUAUUAUAAAGCUACUUUGGACGCUUGUAAUAAAAUAUAUUUUGAAAAUU